AGCACGAAGCCCUUCCUUGCCCGUCGGGCCCGGGAUUUCCCGCCCGCCUCUUUCCAUCCGUCAGGGUCACGCUCCUCGCUGGAAGCCCUGAAUUCUGUGCCCCCCAAGCCCCGGGCCCCCUGCGGGAAUGUUCAAAAAUGAGUACCAGGGAGGUGCAUUUGUUGAAAUUUUCAGCGCUCAAGGAAAAAAUCCUGGAGCAAAAUGGAAGAUCCUUGGCAGUCCAUCUGUGAUUUGGAAAGAGUUUGAUAAAGAAGUUAAAAGUUUUGUGUUUGUCCUGGAAGGCAGCAGCCAAACAAACAAAAUUCAGUUACCAAAGGAGAAUAAACAAAUCCUUGGACUGAUCCAGAGGUUUCUUGUGCUUCAGAUUUAUGUACCCCUGGGACAAGACUUCUCCACUGAAUUGCUAAUUACUGAUUUAGGAAACAUCAAACGAAGAUUGUAUUUAUCAACGGUUCAUAAGGAACUGUCCUCAACCCCUCUUCAUGCAAAAAUCCCUCUCUUCAUGGUCAAGCGCAAAAUUUGGUGCAAUCUAUGCAUUGACUUGGUAGCAUUCACCAGUGAAAUAUUCAAGGGAGCCGUUUUCCAGUCCUUGGAUGGAAUUAUUGUCUCAGCUAACUGUAAGCUACGGAAGAUCUUCACUUUAAAAUCAAAGCCUCAAGACACUGCUGAUAAAGAUGGUAGGUUCAACGUUCUUUUUCCAACAGAUGAGCCCACCGAUACUAUUCCACGAAGUUGCCAACUUACAACAGAUGUUCCACAAGUUACACAGCUGCUAAAUAUGACCAAACUGCGCCAAACUGAAAUAAAAUUUGGAGGUCAUCCGCUACGUUCAGCAGAAUCAGAUCAAUUCAUUAACCGAGGAGCAAGCAGUGUGCGAAGCAAUAGAAGUCAAGAUGUUUGUCAUAUUGCCUUUGGAUCCAAAGUUCUGGGACCACCGCCACUGUCUGGCAGAAGGAAUAACAUGAGGAUAUCCAGUGAGACAAUAAGAUCCAUUGGGUCCAAAAAUAACAGAUCCUGCCUACAGUCCACUGUAGAGAAGUGUGUUAGCUGUGCAGACAUGUCAACUUUAUUGAUAUCUGAGUCUGAGGAGCACAGAGAUAAAGAAAACAUUCACCAUGUAAAGCAGACUGGGCCUAUUCAUGCCAGUCUCCAGAUUAUGCAUCCACAUCCUCCUCAAGAACCAUCUGUAGAUAAGACUCAGAACAGAAGAAGAUUACAGUUAAGAAGCGCCAGCAGGGAAAGGACAGAGACCCCCAGCGGCAAUUCUUCAGGCAAUGACAGAAAUGAAGAUAAAGCAACAGCUGUCUUCACCUGUGCAUCCCAAGAAAGAGAAGAGACAUGGAACCCCAGAACUUCAGGACCCCAGUCUCCUGUUCAAGCAGAUGAGUGGAUAUUUCCUGAAAAUUUUGAUCACAUUCCCCAUUUGGAAUCUAGCAGACAGUCUUUACAACUGGAUGAGGACUCCUGCAACAUUUCACACCAGUGGUCAGAAGUUAGCAAGGAAAGCGAGCAUCACCACCAAGCAGGGGAAAGCCAGAUUGUUCCCAAGGACAUUUUCACUUUUUCAUCCAGACCACGGUCAGCACCUCAUGGGAAGACUCAUCAGAGUAUGUCCCCAGAAGAGUGCCCAUUUAUUUUAGAUCUAAAAGAGGAGAACAGUGGAAUGCCCAGAGGUGCCCAUUCCGAAGAUGAUUUUUACAGCGAUGACAGCAGCGAAGAGGAAUACAACUGUAGAAACUACCAGCCCAGCCAGAUGAGUGAAUCUGAGUUGCAAAUGCUGGCAAGCUUACGUCGGCAACAGAACGAAGAGUUGGAGGAGGUGGGGGUUUCCCAUGGCCUAAGUGCAUCCCAGGUUGACAACUGUAAUGUCAGCAUAAGCACCAGCAGUGACGACACGACCACCUGGAACUCCUGCCUGCCACCCCCUGUCAACCAAGGUCGUCACUAUCAAAAAGAAAUGAAUCCACCUUCUCCUUCUAACCCCCGGGACUGGUUAAAUAUGUUCAGCCCACCAAUUGUUCCUCCCAGUCAGCAGCCAACCGAGCAGCAUCCAGAUUCUUCAGAAAGUUUGAGUGUUCAAGGUGAAGAAGAGCUGAAUGUGGAAGAGGACGAGGAAGUGCUGACUCUGUUGUAUGACCCAUGUCUGAACUGUUACUUUGAUCCCCAGACUGGGAAAUACUAUGAGUUGGUAUAA